CCAAUAUUCGUUGUAGAACAGGUAUUAUUACAGUGUGUAACGUUGACUCCCAAAACGUUCUAUUUGUUGACAAAAAACGGAAUCCUGAUACAAAUAGUUUUACAUUUCACUGUAGACACACGGCAAUAACUGAUAAUGUGAUAAACUCUUGAAUAAUAAUAAACAAAUGAUAUAAAUAAAUAUCAAUAUUUUAAAGAUGCACAGCGUGAAUAUUAGCAUUCCAAAGUAUUUACAAUUUGUUCAUACAUUUUGUGCGUUUUAGCAGCAACACAUCGGCCUAAACUACAUUACCCACGAUCCCUAACACAAUCAUAACAGGAAGUAACCGUGGCAUAGCAGUCGUAGAUGACCAGGGCAGUGCGAGUCUACUGUAAAUCUGUUCGAACUCUAAAGAACGGUCCGCCUUCUGCCAGCGCCCAUGGACGACGCCCAGGACCGACACCGUCUCUCUAAAAGGAAAUAAACCCGGCGUUUCACCUAUGAUGGAACGAGCUAUGGAGCAGCUUAACGUACAGCUCAGCCGGCUGACCCGCUCCCUUCGUCGGGCUAGGACGGUAGAACUCCCGGAAGACAAUGAGACUGCAGUGUACACACUUAUGCCAAUGGUCAUGGCUGACCAGCACAGAUCGGUGUCAGAGCUGCUGCUCAACUCUAAGUUUGAUGUUAACUACGCAUUUGGACGGGUGAAAAGGAGUCUGCUGCACAUUGCUGCUAAUUGUGGAUCAGUGGAGUGUCUGGUUCUGCUGCUAAAGAAAGGAGCAAAUCCAAACUACCAGGACAUCUCGGGCUGUACUCCUCUGCACCUCGCUGCCAGGAAUGGACAGAAGAAGUGCAUGGGCAAACUGCUGGAAUAUAAUGCUGAUGUCAACAUCUGCAACAAUGAGGGACUGACUGCUAUCCAUUGGUUGGCAGUGAAUGGACGGACGGAGCUUCUGCACGAUCUGGUCCAGCAUGUGACUAAUGUGGAUGUGGAGGAUGCUAUGGGUCAGACAGCUCUACAUGUGGCCUGUCAGAAUGGACACAAAACAACGGUGUUAUGCCUGCUGGACAGAGGUGCUGACAUAAAUCGGCCAAAUGUCUCUGGAGCCACGCCUCUUUACUUUGCUUGCAGCCACGGCCAAAGAGACACUGCCCAGAUUCUGCUCUCACGAGGUGCCAAAUAUGUUGCUGACAAGAAUGGAAUCACUCCUCUGGAUCUCUGUGUGCAGGGUGGAUAUGGUGAGACCUGUGAAAUUCUCAUCCAGCACCAUGGGAGACUAUUCCAGACUCUCAUCCAGAUGACCCAAAAUGAGGACAUUAAAGAGAGUAUGCUCAGGCAGGUGCUGGAGCAUGUCUCUCAGCAGAGUGACAGCCAUUACCACAGGAUCCUGACAAGUCUUGCUGAGGUGGCUACGACCAAUGGGCACAAACUUCUCAGCCUGUCCAGCAGUUUUGAGGCUCAGAUGAAGAGUCUGCUGAGAAUAGUUCGCAUUUUCUGCCAUGUGUUCUGCUUGGGACCUUCAUCACCGAACAAUGGCAACGAUAUGGGCUACAACGGCAACAAGACUCCACGCAGCCAGGUCUUCAAGCUUAAAUAUUUUCAGCCUUUGGAGCUGCUGUGGCACUCGUUGGAUGAGUGGCUGGUUCUGAUCUCCACUGAGCUGGAGAGGAACAGAAAAAACCCGUCUUCCUCAUCUUCUGGCAGUGAGAUCGCCUCUCUGCUCCUCAAGCAGCGUGAGGUCGAAAACUCAGGCUCUCCACAAAAGUUGCCGUCCUUGCUGGAUACUCAGAUCGUCAUGGAAACGGAUGUAUAUGCUGAUGGAGAAGAUGUCAUCUCUAUGACGGCCAAUCGACUCAGUGCUGUGAUUCAGGCCUUCUACAUGUCCUGCUCCUGUCAGAUGCCACAAGGAAUGACGUCCCCUCGCUUCAUCGAGUUCGUCUGCAAGCACGACAACGUUCUUAAGUGCUUCGUAACCAGGAAUCCAAAAAUCAUCUUUAACCACUUCCACUUCCUCCUGGAGUGUCCGGAGUUGAUGUCGCGUUUCAUGCAUAUAAUCAAAGGCCAGCCCUUCAAGGAUCGCUGUGAGUGGUUCUACGAGCAUCUGCUGGCUGGACAGCCAGACUCAGACAUGGUUCAUCGUCCGGUCAACGAGAAUGACAUCCUGCUCAUCCACAGAGAGUCCAUAUUCAGAAGCAGCUGUGAGAUGGUUUCCAAAUCCACCAACGAGAAACUCAAACAGGGCAUCGCUGUUCGCUUCCACGGCGAAGAAGGAAUGGGUCAGGGUGUUGUGAGAGAAUGGUUUGACAUUCUGUCAAAUGAGAUCAUCAACCCAGACUACGCUCUGUUCACUCAGUCAGCUGACGGCACCACCUUCCAGCCCAACAGAAACUCCUCAGUGAACCCAGACCAUCUGAACUACUUCAGGUUUGCAGGUCAGAUCCUGGGUUUGGCCCUGUACCAUCGACAGUUGGUUAACAUCUACUUCACCCGCUCCUUCUACAAACACAUACUGGGGAUCCCUGUGAACUACCAGGAUGUAUCAUCCAUCGAUCCAGAGUACGCCAAGAACCUGCAGUGGAUCCUGGAUAAUGACAUCAGUGACCUGGGUCUGGAGCUCACCUUCUCUGUCGAGACAGAUGUGUUUGGAGCCAUGGAGGAAGUACCACUGAAGCCCGGAGGAACCAGCAUUCUGGUCACACAGGACAACAAGGCCGAGUAUGUACAGCUGGUGACAGAGCUGAGGAUGACAAGAGCCAUACAGCCUCAGAUAAAUGCCUUCCUGCAAGGAUUCCACACUUUCAUCCCCCCCUCACUCAUCCAGCUUUUCGAUGAAUACGAAUUGGAGCUUCUGCUGUCAGGGAUGCCAGAAAUCGAUGUGCAUGAUUGGUACAGGAACACAGAGUACACCAGUGGGUAUGACUCUCAGGAGCCCGUUAUCCAGUGGUUCUGGGAGGUGGUGAAGAGCCUCACACAGGAGGAACGAGUUCUUCUACUUCAGUUUGUAACAGGAAGUUCCAGGGUUCCUCACGGUGGUUUUGCGUACCUGAUGGGUGGAAGUGGUUUACAAAAAUUCACCAUUGCUGGAGUGUCAUACACCUCAAACCUACUGCCUACCUCGAGCACCUGUAUCAACAUGCUGAAACUCCCAGAAUACCCCAGUCAGGAGGUCCUGAAAGACCGGCUGCUGGUUGCUCUGCAUUGUGGGAGCUACGGCUACACCAUGGCGUAAACAUCACAUCAGUUACCUUGAAGGUCUCCAGUCUCAACGAUCCUUCCUCUGCAAGAUUGAUCUUAUAGUUGUGCACAAAAAACAGGAAAAGCAAAAGAAUCUGGAUCUACACCUGUACCUCAUCCAGGAACUGUUCUUUUAAUUCAUGCUGAAAGUACUACUACUACUACAAAGAACUAUUUUCAUCCAUUUGGGAAAACUAACUCUUUAUUGAAAAUACAGGGUGUUCAUUAUAAAAGUGUUGUUCAUGCACACUCACUGGAUGUCAAGUGUCAACUGGAGUGUGAAGACUGACAAUAAGGAGGCGUUGACGAAUUUAUCAGUUUAUAGUAUAAUAAUAAUAUGCGAUGUUUAAGUUUUUAUCACAGACGGCUGUAUUCUGUCUAACUUUCCGUUAGGCACAAAUAUCAGCAUUAUUUUUUAUUUUUUGCUUUUUCUUUUAGAUAUUUUCUUUGUGUAUUUAGUUUAAGAAGCUUCUGUUUCACCGAUGUGCUGAACUCACAGCCUGUCUGCAGGGAUUUCCUCCCAUUCAGCCACAGGUGACAACAGCAGAGGAGCAGCCUAAUAAAAGUCAUUUGUCCUGGCUUGAACCCGGUGUUCCUGCUACGCUCAGAGGCAUUGGAAGGUGUGAAAAAGAUUAUAGCUCAAUGUUCGUAAGGAGCUGUUUUACUCUAUUGAUGUGAAACUAUUGGUGGAGAUGCAGUAUUAAGAUGUACUAUCACUGGCUGAUAGAGAUUUAUCAAAACACAUUUCCUGAUCAAUAUAUGCUGUUAGAUCUUAACCGAUCUACUGAUAACGUUUCUUUAAAAAUGGACUGAGGACCAACAUCCGUCACAGAGCAAAAUAUACAAGUUACACAGAACAGAAGUCAGGCUUUGUACUGUAAGGCAUUCCCUCUCUUAAAAAUAUCUUUUUGCCACCUCUGGUCUAGAUGGUAUGUGUUUAAUUAACUGCAAAAUAGAGUAUGUAAUAACACAAAUAGCACAUUUUACCAAUAUGUUCAUAAGUGACACUUACCCAAAAUAUUUUUUCAGGGGCAUUUUUAAAGGUGAUCAAAUACGGAAAUAUUGUAAAGUAAUGCUGUCGUUGGAAGAUAAAAGUGAAUAUUAAAAUAUGUUCGUAGUAAAGAUACUGUAAGGCCAAACUGUUUGCUAUCAACACACUCCUCUCCAUCUGUGAAGAGUAAAACGU